GUUAUUCUUCUUUACAGACCAAGCACAUUGCCCUCUCGGACCUUGUGUGCAAUCGCACCGUCUCUCGGUCCCAAUGUUGCACAUUUGCACAGUGCGGUAGAAAAAUUGAAAGAUAGGAUGACGAACGCCAGGAACUGAUCAGCUUCCUGUUUGGAGCUUACGUGUAAAGCGGUAGAAGGCUGACUAGAAAAAGGGCAGGCUGAGAAAAAAAUAAAAUCAUGAGCAGCCAGCCACCGCGAGAACGGUAGGUGCGACCAAAGGUUGUGUAUGUAUUGUGCAAGAGGGGGCAACGAUGAUGACACGCUCAAUUUGAUGUGUUGCGAAGUCUUGGUUUACCCUCUUACGCCAUCUUUAUGCGAAGAGUGGCCGGUCCUCUAUGGAAUCUUUUCCCCGUCGUACUCUAGUUUGCCGACGUCCAAAAACAGAUGCAAAAUCCUUUCUUUCUGCAGGAAAAAUCGUCUUCCCCACUUCAUCAUGUUUUCUUCACCCCUCUAUAUAAAUAGAAAACCAGAGAGACAGCGAAGCGUGCAAUUAAACAUGGCCAUGAGCCAGGAGGGCGCCUGCGACAUCAGCCUUUCCCUCGAGCUGAGCAUUGGCGGGAGCUGGAGGAGCGCCAAGGAGUGCUCCGAGCCCUGUUUCACAUUUAGCCUCAGCGACAGCUUCGGAGCUAGUGAUGUUGGUUUCUCUGUUAAGAAAGAAACUGUUAGUCGUGAUAUAGCAUGCGAGGAGGUGGAAGCGGAGAGGCUGUCGUCGUUCCGCAGCGGUGGAAGCGACGAGGACGACGACGUUGGCGCGAGGAAGAAGCUUAGGCUCACAAAGGAGCAGUCUGCUCUGUUAGAGAACAGAUUCAAGGAGCACAGCACCAUAAAUACGAGGCAAAAGCAUGCCCUGGCUGAGCAACUCAGUCUCCGGCCACGGCAGAUCGAAGUAUGGUUUCAGAAUAGACGGGCAAGGACUAAGCUGAAGCAGAUGGAAGUGGACUGCGAGUUCCUAAAGAAACGCUGCCAGAAGUUGAGCGACGAGAACCGGAGGCUGCACAAAGAGCUACAACAGAUAAAGACUCUGAUCAAAGCUACACCAUCUCACAUGAGCUUCCCUGCUGCAGUCAACCUCACCGUCUGCCCUUCCUGUGAGAGCAGAGGUCACAGUGCUGGCAAUGACCAAGACUAAGUCAUUUAGGACAACUUUGAAGCCACAGCAGCCCAAGUUCCUCGUUUUUUUGCUUGGAACGCAAACAUUGCAGUGAAGCGAAGCAUCAUCAAAGUGAAUAUUUUGACUUUAAUUUCUCGCCAUUAAUGGUCGGCCAAUAUGUGAAAUGUAACCCGUAGUGCAAUGGUUCGCAUGAGUGCGGCGGCUCAGUCGCCAAUCAUGCAUGACUGUAGUCUGUAGUGUGCCAUUACUUUGCUAGCAAGAACACGUUUGAUAAUUUGAGUUGCAAGCUGAUUGGGACAGGCAGCCAUGGAUAUUAAUGGCCGUCUGCGGAUAAGAAGGAAUUAAGGGCACGUGAAGCUGACACAGUUCGAUUCAGCACGAGCACUCCCCUCGCUACGUGAUAAGCUAUAACCGAAUUGGUUCAGUGCAGGGAAUAUUAUGGGAGACUUCAGCGAGAACAUAUGCUGUCUGCCACUUUCAAUGUGGACGCCAUUGCAGUUUGUAA